AGCUGUUAUCAGUUGCAGAGCACAGCUGAUAGCAUUUAGAUCAACAGAAUAGUUUAUGAAGAUGUCGCGCAAAAACGUCUUAAAUUUGAUCAACACAAUCGUUGCCAACUCCUGCAAGUGUCCAGCCCAUUCGCACAAUUAUGGAUCAGCUGCAGCAGCCACAACCCAAACGGGUCCAAAAGAAUACGCAUUUGAGAUGUCUGCGUCUACUGUGCGCUUUGGUCCAGGCGUAAGCACAGAGCUGGGCGCUGACCUGCGCAACUGGGGCGCGAAUAAUGUUUGUCUGGUCACCGAUAAGAAUGUGGCGAAGCUAUCUUCAGUUCGGGUUGCCCUGGACUCUUUGGCGCGCCAUGGCAUCAACUACCAGGUGUACGACGAGACGCGUGUAGAGCCCACGGAUGAAAGUUUCUGGCAUGCAGCUCAAUUCGCGCGUCGCCAAGAGUUCGAUGCAUUCGUGGCCAUUGGCGGAGGCUCUACCAUGGACACGGCCAAGGUGGCGAAUCUCUUUAGCUGUGAUCGCGAAGCAGAGCUGCUAGACUACGUCAAUGCGCCCAUUGGUCGAGCCAAGGAGAUUUCUGUUAAGCUAAAGCCACUCGUUGCGCUGCCCACGACAUCCGGAACCGGCUCGGAGACCACUGGAGUCGCAAUAUUCGACUAUAAACGGCUGCACGCUAAAACGGGCAUCUCCAGCAAGCAUCUGAAGCCAACAUUGGCUAUUGUUGAUCCUUUGCACACUUUGACGCAGCCGGAACGGGUUAUGGCCUUUGCUGGAUUCGAUGUGUUCUGCCAUGCCCUGGAGAGUUUUACAGCAGUCGACUACCGCGAGCGCGGUCCAGCGCCUGCCAAUCCGAAUCUGCGGCCCACGUAUCAGGGAAGAAAUCCCAUAUCGGAUGUAUGGGCGAAAUUCGCUCUGGACAUAAUAAGCAAAAACUUCAUAGAUGCCAUUUACCAGCCCGACAACCAGAAGGCCCGCUCCAGCAUGCAUCUGGCAUCGACUAUGGCAGGCGUCGGCUUUGGCAACGCAGGAGUGCACCUCUGCCACGGUCUGUCAUAUCCCAUAUCGGGUCAUGUGCGAGAUUACAAGCCCGCUGGCUACUCGGCUGACCAUGCCCUAAUUCCCCAUGGUCUCUCGGUUGUGGUCAGUGCACCGGCUGUCUUUGAAUUCACGUCCUCCGCGUGCCCUGAACGCCACUUGGAGGCUGCUCAGAUACUUGGAGCCGAUGUGAGUGGCGUGAAAGCUGCUGACGCUGGCCGCCUAUUGGCGGACACUGUGCGCGGCUACAUGCAACGGGCGGGCAUAGAAAAUGGCCUCCGCGAGCUUGGCUUUUCCAGCAGCGACAUCCCAGCUCUUGUCGAGGGAGCUCUGCCCCAGGAACGCAUUACCAAAAUGGCUCCACGCGCACAAACCCAAGAAGAUCUAGCCCGACUUUUUGAGAACUCAAUGCAGGUCUAUUAAUUACACAUUUGCACUUA